UUUGAGUUUUCAUAAACUGUUUCAACAGUACAUAUCUGAGAUUAUCGCCUCUGAGGAUUUAGUGAUAAGACGCUGCUUAUCAGUGCUGCAGCUUCCCGCGUCGCAUCUACGCAAAUUACGGUGGAGAUAUGGAACGUUUGCGCUAGAGACGAAUGCAGGUAUAUUUGCGUCAAUAAAUCGCCCAAGAAUUAUAGAGCGUGUCUGUGUAUGAAAUAUUUCCCUAGGCGGACCACUUUUUUAUUUUAUUUUUUACAAGCGCCAGAAAUGCCAAGUAAAAUUUUAAUGCAUAUACACUUACGUAUUCAUUUUUCCUGCGGACCAUUCUCGGGGCUUUACGGUAAAUGCGGCCUCAGAAGUUUGUCUACGUUGAAUGUAACCGCAAACCUACGCCUUGGGAGUUGUGAUGGGGGAUAAGUUAUCCAGAAGUUUGAGUCUAAUUGGGAAAUAACAAUCUAGGAAACUACAAGGUGCCAGACGAGCGCUUAAUCGCGACAGUUUCCUUGGUGGUGUGUCGUGGUCCAGUAGCCUUAUGGCUAGUUCUGAGACAGAUGCAGCAAAAAGGUGGCAAAAAUGUGUGGACACUGUGCUGUGCAACCUUACUAAGGAUCAACUGAAAUCUAUUGAAAACAACAGUGAGGAACGGGACUUUUUUGUGGUACAUCACCUGGCAGACCUGAAAGAAGGUUGCAUCUCUCCUCUCAUUCAUGGCACACCUAUCACCUGUAAAGUGGAAAACACAGAGCGAUACACCACCCGCUCUAAGGUACAUGUGUGCACUCUCUACACGAUCUGUCUGACACAUGGAGAGUUCACAUGGAUGGUAAAAAGAAAGUACAAGCACUUCCAGGAGCUCCACAGAGACCUGUACAAACACAAAAUGAUAUUGCAGUUCUUGCCUCUGGGGAAAUUUGCCAUUCAGAGACAACAGCUGGCAAGUUUGACAGAGGAAAUGCCAACUUUACAUGGAAGUGAUAGAAUCAGGAGAACGUCUAGCAAACCGAAAUAUCUGGAGGAAUAUUUAAACAACUUGCUAGAAAACGCUUUCUACAAGAAUUAUCAUGGGAUGUUGGACUUCCUGGCAAUCAGUCCACUGUCCUUCAUCAAAGACCUUGGACCCAAAGGCCUUCUGCUGUGUAUGAGCAGAGAUCCUGGCGUUGUGUCGUUUGUGCUGCUGUUUGACCCUGAGCUGAAGGUGUUGGUUGGAAGUGUUUACACUGAUACCAAGCAUGGCGUCUGCAUCGAGAACUUCAGCAGGAAGCUGGUGAUAAAGUGCAGUAGCUACAGGCAGGCCCAGUGGUGGAGUCAUGAGAUUCGGAGUCUCUCUGAGCGCUGCGAUUUCCUCCAGACGCAUCGCUUUGAAGGCUUCGCCCCACCCAGACCGGACACUCUCACAAAGUGGUAUGUUAAUGGGAAUGGCUAUUUCUCAGACGUGGCUGAUGCCCUGGAACAGGCCAAGGAGGAGAUCUUCAUCACUGAUUGGUGGCUCAGUCCAGAGGUUUUCCUUAAACGUCCAGCUACAGGAACGUACUGGCGCUUGGACAAGAUUCUCAGACGCAAAGCAGUAUGGGGGAAGACCCUUUUACCUUACAUUAAUCUGCUAUACAUUCAAUUAAUUCUCUCCCAUAUCUAUCUUAAAAAGCACCCCAUCUGUCAGACAAUCAUUUAUGUGAUGCGUCACCCUGAUCAUGUUGCCUCAGUUGUGUUCCUCUGGGCCCAUCAUGAGAAAAUGGUUGCCAUCGACCAAUCAGUGGCCUUUGUGGGUGGGUUGGAUCUUGCGUUUGGGAGGUGGGAUGACAGCGACUAUAGGCUGAGUGAUGUGGAACCCAGUCAGCUCGAGGCAGCCCUAGAGUCUGAUGCUGUGGAUGGCUCUGCUGUUCCUCUGACAGAACCUGUGUCAGAGUGUGAGGAUGAAGUGGAUCUGAGCUAUAAUGCCCUCUUGUGGCUGGGAAAAGAUUACAGCAACUUUAUCAAGAGAGAUUGGACACAGCUGGACCAGCCCUUUCAAGACAAAUUAAAUAAACCCCUCUCUUUGCCUCCUCUUUUUCAGAACCAGUUCUUCAUCAGCUGCUCAGAUCAGAAGAAUGUACUCAAUACCAUUGGAGAUGCUAUUGUCAAACGGAUCCUACGGGCUCACAGUGAGGGGAAGAAGUACAGGGUGUUUGUUGUAAUUCCUCUGCUGCCCGGCUUUGAGGGUGACAUCAGCCAGGGAGGAGGAAAUGCCAUUCAGGCUAUACUGCACUUCACCUACAGAACGAUUAAUCGAGGAGAACAAUCCAUUCUCUCGAGAUUAAAGGAGCAAAUGCAGGACGAAUGGACACAGUAUAUUUCUCUGUGUGGUCUGCGCACACACUCUGAGCUCGGCCAGUCCCCUGUAACAGAGCUCAUCUACGUCCAUAGCAAAGCCCUCAUCGCUGAUGACCGUUGCUACAUCAUAGGGUCAGCCAACAUCAAUGACAGGAGCAUGCUAGGCAGUCGUGACAGUGAGCUGGCAGUGCUGGUGGAGGAUGAGGAAAGAGUUCCCUCAGUCAUGAACGGAGAAGAGUACCAGGCUGGACCACUAGCACUCGCCUUACGAAAGGAGUGCUUCAGCGUACUUCUCGGAGCAAAAUCUGACCCAAAUCUGAACAUUGAUGAUCCAGUCUGUGAUAAUUUCUUCAACGAUGUUUGGAACAAAAUCGCCCAAACAAAUGCCAUCAUCUAUGAGAAGGUUUUCCGAUGUCUUCCACUGGACUCCAUCCGCAACUUGCGUGAGCUGCAGGAACACGUGAAUGCUGAAAACCUCAGUCUUACCUACCCGGAGAAAGCCAAAGAAGAACUACAGGCCAUCCAGGGCAUUCUGGUCCAUUUCCCGCUGCACUUCCUGUGCGAGGAGUACCUUCUCCCACCUCUUAAAAGCAAAGAACGAAUGGUUCCUAUGGAGGUGUGGACAUAGCAGGGAAGAGUAUCCAGUGAAGUGUGCCAGUGGGAUUUCAGAGCUUAAAAUAUCACACAUCUGCUAACUAAGCUGGAAGCUAUGGAGGUUUACUGCCACACAUUUUGUCCAAUUUGGUUUGGACUAAAGUAAUGGUAGUAAAUGAAUGAUUAGCUCUGAACACUAACCCAAAUUAGUGUAGAAACACAAAAUGAUCUUGCAUAAGAAGAUAGACAUGCCUAUACCAGGAGAAUCACAUAGUGUAGUUGCUAAUUAUAUGAAGAUACAAUGAAAUGACAUCAGUCUUCUCCCCAAAUGCCCAUUACGACCACGAAUGCCAUGAUCUGAGUAUUUAAAAUGGCAGAGGAUUUAAAGUGCUGCAUAUCAGAUGAGGAAAGAAGAGCGAAUAAGGCGAAAGAGAGAGAGUAUUUUUGAUGAACAGAACGUACAUUUAUUGUUGUGAAUGUGUGUGGGUGGAUGGUGCUGCUUUACCUUCUUUUCCCUCUCUUUAUUUCUUUCUUGUGUGCACUACACCUCUCAAUGCAGUGGCAGCAAAUCUGUCAGAACAUUUGUGGUUGUUAUGGUGACGGGUAUAAAGAGCUGACUUGGUCUUGGCUGCUGAGAGAGAGAGAUAGAGAGAACGAAAGAAAGAAGCAGGAAGAAACAUGGAUAACUGUGUGUGUGUGCCCGUCAGGGCGGGGGGUAUGCCGGCAUACUUUGUCAGAGAAAUUAUGUAAUGCUUUUUUAAACAGGUAGAGGGGGAGUGUUACGGAGCAGGGAUCAGGUGGGGCUUCAAACAUGGUGAGAUAUUCAGGGGGAGUCUCAGCUCAACAUUUAUCACCCCCCCCCCUAAUCUCCAUGGCAACCAGGAGAAAUUAUUGUUAUGUAAUAAUGUCAGCGGCCCAGAAGAUUCCACUUUUGGUUUUUUGGAGGGGGUGUUGACACAAGUAGAGAGCACAGUAGAGGCUAAAUAAGCAAUGCUAAUUUUGUCAGUGCCCCACUUUGUAAACAAUCACUAAUCUGCCUGUGUAAUGUUGUAGAAUGUUAUAGGUGACUUCACCUGCACUUGAAGAGAAUGUUUUAGGGUUUGACCACUGGAGACACGGCCGUUAAUAUACUGUAACAUUCCAAUCACAUCAAGCAAUCACCUUUAUGAAGUGACAAUUCUGAUCUUUUUAAAUCUCUAUACCUGUCAAUGCAUAUUAUUGUAUCUGCUUUUGCACAUUUUUAUACUUUUCAUGUACAUACAAUUGCUUUUAUUUAGAAAGCAUACAGAACUCACUUUCUAAUACAUGACUCUUGGCUAACACUAUGUGUUUUCACAACUUUUGGACGUCUGUAUAGGCUUUACUUAGGGUAGAUGCCAAAUUGAAUUUUCUUCAGAUGAAAAUUAUGCUGUGAACAGUCUUUACAACGGCAUGCACUCUUUUAAAACUAACUCACUAUUU